AUGGAGCAAUGGGUUCGCCGCAAUCCAUUGACCCUUCCCGCUACUCUGCUCGGUCUUCAACUCGCAAUCACCGUCGGUCUCAAGCUCUAUAAGAUAAAGACUGGCGGAGCCCAAGAUGAGCAAGUUGUGCCUUCCCCAAGCAAGAGCUUGUUGCCAAAGCUUUCACCUGAAGAGACUGCAAGCUGUCCAUACCCACCGGAUGCCUAUCCAGGUACAAGAGAUGUCGAGUCACCCUAUGGAAGCUUGAGAGUCUACGAAUGGGGACCAGAAAAUGGGAGAAAAGUGUUACUUGUACAUGGGAUAUCGAAUCCGUGCAUUGCAUUGGGAGCCGUUGCGCAUGGCCUGGCUGACAAGGGGUGUCGAGUGAUGAUGUUUGAUCUUCCAGGUCGCGGAUAUUCUGAUACACCUGUCCCUACUCCCCAUUCAAACCGCCUCUACACCACUACAAUCCUUUUAGCUCUGACCUCGUCUCCUCUAUCAUGGACAGGCAAUGGCGAGACCUUCUCCUUGAUUGGCUACUCCCUAGGCGGUGGAAUCGUCGUCAAUUUCACUUCUUACUUUCCUUUCCUUAUUUCUUCCUUGGUCCUCCUCGCUCCGGCUGGUCUUGUCCGCCAGAGCCGUAUUACUUUGAUGAACAAAAUACUCUACAAUACAGGAUUGAUCAACGAGACAACUUUAGAGAAGAUCGUUAUAGGUCGAAUGAGACGUGAAGAACUACCGGCAAGGCCUACUAAGCUAAAAAAGAAGCCAUCGAUAGGAACCGCUAUUGGAGAGGAGAUACCAAAAGAGAGAGAAGAAGAUAUACCCACCCCACCAUCUUUGUCACAAACUAGGCCUAACAUCACGAUCUCGGGAAUCAUACCAUGGCAGCUUGACAAUCAUCCGGGAUACGUCAAAUCCUUCAUGUCUAGUAUUCGAUAUGGGCCAAUCACCGGACAACAUGCUGACUGGCAACGGAUUGCCAAACGAUUGGCUGCACAGAAUGCCUCCAUGGAGGAGAGGACUGAGAAAGAAGGUUUGCAGAACGGCAAAAUACUGAUCAUAGCUGGACACAAAGAUGCAAUCAUUGUCGAAGACGAGCUGGUUGCAGAUGCUACAGAAAUUCUAGGGGAGAACAGUGUCAGAUUUGAAUUCGUUGACGCAGGUCACGAUCUGCCUGUCUCUAAGAGCAAGGAGAUACUUGGAUUUAUCUCGGCCUUCUGGGAGGAAAGUUCCUCGACGCCAAGGUCAUGA